UACGCACUCCCCCCACGGAAGCUUGCUGAUGAGCUAUUGGCUCUCUAUUUUGACAACAAUCAUAUCUUUUACCCAUGGACGCACUCAGCAAGCUUCCGCAAGCAAUACGAGACGCUCUGGGACACAAGCAGUGCUUUCCCAUCCGACCAAGCAAGCGUUGACGUUGGACUGGGAGGGAACAACUGCCCAUUCAACAUCUACGUAUGUGCACUGAAUGCCAUGUUCGCACUCGGCUGUCAAUUCUCCGACUAUCCUCCUUCCGACAAGGACUCCGCAUCCGCCACGUUCUGCGAGCGAAUCAACGGCCUACUUCAUUUCGACCUGCUGGAUAGCGGAAGUAUAGCAUGUGUCCAGGCUCUGCUGCUGUUCGGGAUGUAUUUGCAAUGCACUAAUUCUCCGGAAAGAUGCUGGAAUAUAAUUGGCCUAGCUUAUCGUAUGGCUGUUGGACUUGGACUCCAAUCGAGCAUUGCGCCGGACGAUGCAACACCUCUCGAGAUGGCGAUGAGAUGGCGAGUAUGGCAUGCUUGCGUGCAGAUGGAU